AUGGAGAAGAUUGCUCCGACAGAAUUUGUAAUGCGUGCCCUGGAAUGUGUAUAUCACCUAAGCUGCUUCUGCUGCUGUGUAUGUGAGCGACAACUACGAAAAGGAGACGAAUUUGUAUUGAAGGAAGGACAACUUUUAUGUAAAAGUGACUAUGAAAAAGAGAAGGACCUUCUAAGCUCUGGAAGUCCAGAUGACUCAGAUUCUGUGAAAAGUGAUGAUGAUGAUGGUGAUGUGAAGCCGGGAAAGUGUCACGGAAACCAAGGAAAGGGUAGCGAUGAUGGUAAAGACCCAAGGAGGCCGAAGCGACCACGCACAAUCCUCACAACGCAGCAGAGAAGGGCCUUUAAAGCGUCUUUUGAAGUGUCUUCAAAGCCCUGCAGAAAGGUCAGAGAGACGUUGGCAGCGGAAACAGGCCUUAGUGUACGAGUUGUCCAAGUAUGGUUCCAGAACCAAAGAGCAAAGAUGAAGAAAUUAGCACGAAGGCAUCAACAACAACAAGAACAACAAAAUUCUCAGAGACUUGGUCAAGAGGUCAUGUCCAGCCGCAUGGAAGGGAUGAUGACCUCAUACGCUCCUCUGGCCCCCCCUCAGCAACAGAUCGUCUCAAUGGAUCAGAACAACUACAGCACAGACCCCUUCCAGCAAGGACUCACACCUCCUCAAAUGCCAGGUGACCACAUGAAUCCUUAUGGCAAUGACACCAUCUUCCACGAUAUUGACAGUGAUACCUCGUUAACAAGUCUCAGUGACUGCUUCCUGGCUUCUUCAGAAGUCAACUCCAUGCAGGCCCGAGUAGGAAAUCCGAUUGACCGACUGUAUUCCAUGCAGAGUUCCUACUUUGCCUCAUGA